AUGGAUAUCGUAAAGUGUAAUAACUGUAACAUAGUUAUUUGUGAACUAUUGGCUUUUGUGCAAAAUAAAGCUGAUGUAAUGGAUGAAGACAGUAUACUUCACGCCACGAGACUGUUAAGGGACAUUAUUAAACUGCAAGAUAAUGUGUUGUUUAUAAAGGAAAAUUAUGCCACUAAGGAAAUGGUUUUGAGUCGAACGUCGGGGAUGUAUGGUAACAAAAAGAGAGAGGCUGCUAUACAAGACAGUUUUGAGUGCAAUAGUGAUCCAAUUGGUCUUUCGCAAAUUAUUUCAACGGAAGAAUUUCAAACCGAUUCAACGAAUAUCAUUCAUACUUCUUGCAUUGACAACACAAAGAUUCAACGCCCGGUGGCUCAGUCACUGUCAUCUGAUUCGCUCGCACGCAGGGUAUCAUGUCAUAGCGACCUCUCACUUUCGUGUCCAACCGAGCGGCCGAGCGGGGAAACGGGUUCUGGCGGUAUACGACCUGCGGUUUCGCCUGCGCAUGUAACAUUGCGGCGACCGGCGAGAAUCGAGGUGAGUCAGCCUAGCAACAACUCAUAUUCCGAUGCGGCUUCGCGCGCGCCUCGGGAUUCGGAGGUAGCGGGUUCGAAUAAUGGGAGAAUUUGCAAAAAUGAUGACUGGGUUCUGGUGCAACGAAAGCGAAAGAACAGAUUCACUGCGAUGAAGGGAAAGGCAGAUAAUAUCACAGGCGAUGAGCAGGCCACAAAACUGUUCCAGUCGACCUUCCAAGCACCAUUACCUAUGUCAGGGUCUGCAAGUUCUAAGCUCAGAGACCUCCCUGCAGGUAUGGAUAACUUCUCGGCUCAUGGUAGUAAACGUGAGGUGUCCAUGGAAUACACAAUGUCACCACUAUCAAACACACAUAGGUUACACAGUAACAGCCGUAGCAAACGAGGAAGCAAUACGCGCACCCGCCCGUCCUACUAUCUUAUUUGA